AAAUUCUUGCACAUUGAAAUAUGAACAAUUGUUUUUAUCACUACCAACCAUAUGCUCCACAAAAUGAGCGAAACCAUCAGGACCAUCAGGACAAGCAUUCUCUGGAAGCCUCGACUGGUCCUGGAGCCCCUAUGUUCCGUUUCCAGCCAAUUCCAGUGCCUAAUCAGCUCUACUUUGGAACUCUUCCAUAUCCACCACAAGCUCAUGGUCCAGGUCUACUUCGUGCUCAAAAUCCUGAAGCUCAGCCCGAUCAACUCCAACAACUCCAGGCUAAAAUUCAGAAGCUCGGGCAGGAAGCCAUCGUUCACUAUCAGAGCUUAAACGAGGCGAAAGCAGAGAUCACGAAGCUUCAGCACAAAAAUCAGGAGCUCGAGGAUGAAGCCAAGAAGACAAACGAUGAGAAAGACGAGACAAUUUCGAGACUAGCUCACUUGCUAAAAAUCGCCGAAAUCGAUGUGAGCUGCCACAAGCUCUCAGCCUUAUGGUUCCAGUUGUACUAUAGCCACAAGGCCGAGCGCACAGCUGAGCGCACGGAGCCGCAGCAGACAGAAAACCUUGGCUUCUCGAUAAAAAAGGAAAUCCUGGACCACGAUGAGCUCAGUCCGCCAUCCUCUUGCUCCACCAACAGCGUAGUUUAUUCGGAUCCAACCGGCCUAGAGUUUGAUGAUAUUACUCCCUUUGACCCGGAUGCCUCUGAUGUUGUGGAAGUUCCCGCUUCUCCACCAGUCUUUAUCGAAAAGCUCUCCUUUGCAGACGGAGUUCGGCUUUACCGGGCGUGGGGCCCAGAAGAGAAGCUAGCAGGGAUCAACGGCGUUGACUUCACAAAAUUUAUGUUUAAUGUGAACACUCCCACUAAACUCCCACAAUUCGUAAGAAAAGCGUCCAAUGGGGUGACUCUGUUUCGAGAGCAGUUCUACGAAAACAAUGGUGCCAAAGCCGGCGGAUUUAUCCUUUUACAUUAA